GAUGCGCGUCCGGUGACGCGGCGGGGCCGCUGGGCGGCGCCCCGGGCGGAGCGGGCGCUGCGGGAGGCGGCGGCGGCGGGAUGGACGAGCCCAGCAUCCUGCGGCGCCGGGGCCUCCAGAAGGAGCUGAGCCUGCCGCGCCGAGGAAGAGCUUGCCGAAGCAGCAAUAGGAAGAGCCUGGUGGUGGGCACCCCGUCUCCGACCCUCUCACGGCCCCUCUCCCCGCUCUCUGUGCCAACAGCUGGGAGCAGCCCCUUGGACAGUCCACGCAACUUCUCUGCCAGCACCUCCAUCAACUUCCCCUUCGCUCGCAGCCAUGCUCCUCGGACUGACAGGGCUGAUGGCAGAAGGUGGUCACUGGCUUCGCUACCCUCCUCUGGCUAUGGGACCAACACCCCCAGCUCCACUGUCUCGUCAUCUUCGUCCUCCCAGGAGCGCCUGCACCAGCUGCCGUACCAGCCCACCCCCGACGAGCUGCAUUUCCUCUCUAAGCACUUCCGCAGCACGGAGAGCGUCAUGGACGAGGAAGGGCGGCACUCGCCUUGCCUGCGCCCUCGGUCCAGGAGCCUGAGCCCUGGACGGACGAGUGGAAUGUUUGAUAAUGAGGUGGUGAUGAUGAACCAUGUCUACAAGGAGAGGUUCCCCAAGGCCACGGCCCAGAUGGAAGAGCGUCUGCAGGACACCAUCACCAACUUCUCUCCCAGCAGCACGCUGCCGCUGGCAGACGGGGUGCUGGGCUUCAUCCACCACCAAAUCAUCGAGCUGGCCCGUGACUGCUUGGCAAAGUCCCAGGGAGCUCUCAUCACCUCCCGCUACUUCAUGGAGCUGCAGGAGAAGCUUGAGAAGAUGCUCCGGGAUGCUCAGGAGCGUUCAGAGAGCGAGGAGGUGAAGUUCAUCGACCAACUGGUGAGGAAGCUGCUGAUCAUUAUCUCCCGUCCUGCGCGCCUCCUGGAGUGCCUGGAGUUUGACCCGGAGGAGUUCUACCACCUCCUGGAAGCUGCAGAAGGACACGCCAAAGUUGGCCAGGGAAUAAAGACCGAUAUCCCCCGAUACAUCAUCAGUCAAUUGGGGCUCGUCAAGGACCCACUGGAGGAGAUGGUGCAGCUGGAUCACUUCGACAGCGGGAACACCAUCACGCCAGAGAACGAUGAUGCCUGUGAGAGCCAGCCUUCAGCCACCGCUCCUCGGAGGAAGCCCUGCGAGGGUGACUUUGAGACCAUCAAACUGAUCAGCAACGGCGCUUAUGGGGCCGUGUACCUGGUGAGGCACAGGGAGACGCGGCAGCGCUUCGCCUUGAAGAAGAUCAACAAGCAGAACCUCAUCCUGAGGAACCAGAUCCAGCAGGUGUUUGUGGAAAGGGACAUCCUCACCUUCGCAGAGAACCCCUUUGUGGUCAGCAUGUUCUGCUCCUUCGAGACGAAGCGGCACCUCUGCAUGGUGAUGGAGUAUGUGGAAGGGGGGGAUUGUGCCACGUUGCUGAAGAACAUGGGCCCGCUGCCCGUUGACAUGGCCAAGAUGUACUUUGCCGAGACGGUUCUCGCUCUGGAGUAUCUGCACAACUACGGCAUCGUCCACCGGGACCUCAAACCUGACAAUUUGCUCAUCACCUCUAUGGGCCACAUAAAGCUGACAGACUUCGGUCUGUCGAAGAUCGGCUUGAUGAACAUGACCACGAACCUCUAUGAAGGGCAUAUGGAGAAGGACACUCGGGAGUUCAUGGACAAGCAGGUGUGUGGCACUCCGGAGUACAUUGCCCCAGAAGUCAUCCUCAUCCAGGGCUACGGGAAGCCCGUUGACUGGUGGGCCAUGGGCAUCAUCCUCUACGAGUUCCUGGUGGGCUGCGUCCCCUUCUUUGGAGACACCCCCGAGGAGCUCUUUGGGCAGGUCAUCAGUGAUGAAAUCAUGUGGCCAGAAGGGGAUGAGGCUCUUCCUGCGGAUGCCCAGGACCUGAUCACCCGCUUGCUGAGACAGUGUCCCCUCGAACGCUUGGGCACUGGGGGUGCACAUGAGGUGAAGCACCAUUCCUUCUUCCUCCACCUGGACUGGAACGGGCUGCUGCGGCAGAAGGCCGAGUUCAUCCCCCAGCUGGAGUCGGAGGAUGACACCAGCUACUUUGACACUCGCUCUGAGAGGUACCAGCACUUGGAUUCAGAGGAUGAAGAAACCAACGAUGAGGAAUCAUCCGUGGAGAUCGGGCAGUUCUCCUCCUGCUCCCAUCGCUUCAGCAAGGUGUACAGCAGCUCCGAAUUCCUGGCGGUUAACUCCAGCCUCAGCGUCUCAUCCUCCGACCGGAGCCACAACGAGGACAAGGAGGACAGGCACUCGGGAGAUGAGGACAAGAGCCGGCUGGCGGGCACUGAACCCCGGCUCCGCUCCUGGACAUCCUGCAGCUCCACACCGUACACCUCCCGGCAGGAGCGGAGCCGCAGCCCCACUGCGCUGCCCAGCACCGUCAGCCUGGACACCAUGCCCAAGUUUGCCUUCUCCUCGGAGGAUGAAAGUCCUUGCGUGGCAUCCUCCAAGCCGGAGAGACCCAAGUUUGUGCUGGGAGACCCUGACGCAGGGACUGGUGGUGUGGUGAAGCCGUCAGUGUUAUCUGCCGACCUCGUCAGCCUGAACCACAUCCGCCUCCGAAGCAACAGCACCGGCACCAAAACGGCGGCUCCACGGGGCCUGGGAGCCGGGCGGAGCCGCCGGCUGAGCAGCCAGAAGGAUGUGCCGGACAGACAGAGAGCCUCGCCGGGCAGCCGCGUCCCCAAAUCCGCCUCUGUCUCAGCCCUGUCCCUCAUCAUCACAUCAGAUGACUUCGGUGGAGGUGCCCUGAUGAGCCCCAUCUCCCCCCACUCCCUCUCAUCCAACCCUUCUUCCCGUGAUUCCUCCCCGAGCCGAGAUUCAUCCCUGGCCAUCGCCAGCCUGCGGCCCCCCAUCAUCAUCCACAGCUCGGGCAAGAAGUACGGCUUCACCCUGCGCGCCAUCCGCGUCUACAUGGGUGACAGCGACGUCUACACCGUGCACCACAUGGUCUGGAGCGUGGAAGAGGGGAGCCCGGCGCAGGAAGCGGGGCUGAGAGCGGGUGACCUCAUCACUCAUGUGAAUGGCGAGUCAGUGCUCGGUUUAGUCCAUCGGGACGUCGUGGAGCUGCUGCUGAAGAGUGGGAAUAAAGUGGCCCUGAGGACCACGGCCCUGGAGAACACCUCCAUCAAAAUCGGCCCCGCGCGGAAAAACAGCUCCAAGACCAGGAUGGCGAGGAGGAGUAAGAAGAGCAGGAAAAGGGACGGCCAGGAGAGGAGAAAAUCCCUUUUCAAGAAGAUCUCCAAGCAGUCGUCGGUCCUGCACACCAGCCGCAGCUACUCCUCGGGCCUCCAUCACUCGCUGUCCUCCAGCGAGAGCCUUCCGGAGUCCCCCACACACAGCGUGUCCCCCGGUCCCCCCACUCCCUGCCGCAGCCCCGCUCCCGACCUGCCCUCAGAUGCUGUGUCCCCACAGAGCACCUCUCCCUCCUCCAGCACCCCAACGUCACCCGCCGGCCACGUGCGCCCCAGCUCUCUGCACGGGCUGGCACCCAAACUGGGUGGGCAACGCUACAAAGUGGGACGUCGCAAAUCCACCAGCAGCAUCCCCCCAUCGCCCCUCGCCUGUACCCCUUCCUCCGCCCAGCGCCCACCUUCUCCCCAACGCUCCCCAUCUCCACUCCCUGGGUCCCAAAACCCCUCAUUCCUUCCAGGGAAGACCCUGUCCCCCCCCACCAUCGUCCGGCAGAGCUCCCGGCCCCGCAGUGCUGAUUGCCCCCGCUCCCCGCUCCUCAAACGUGUCCAGUCAGCUGAGAUUGUCACCAUCCUGGUGGAGAAGAAGACCGGCAGUGGCCGCAAGCUGGGGCUGGAGAUGCCCACCAUGGAUGGGGAGGCCAUCGGGGAGGGUGAAGCCCCGGGGUACCCCGGGGAGCACGGUUAUCACCCCGCUGCCAGCUCCCGGCUGGCGGAGAGGCACGACCGGGACCAGGAGGUGGUGGUCAUGCGACGCUUGAACCUCUCGGAGCGCCGGGACUCCUUCAAGAAGCAAGAAGCGGUUCAAGAAGUGAGUUUUGAUGAGUCGGAUGCGGUGUCGGCAAGUGAAGACGGUGGCAAGGGCGAAGCCGGGCAGGGGGUGGGUACCGAGAAGCCAAAGCCCAGCUCGGUCCCACAGAUCGCGGUGCAGGGCUCCGAGAGCGACGAGCAGGAGCUGGCGGUGGCCGAGUGGGAAUGCCAGGGCUCCUACCCCAUCCGCAAUGCUGAGGAGCCCAACAGCAGCAUCACCUUGCGGUGGCGGGAUGGAUGCGAGCAUCCGGACCAUGGCUCCCAGCAGCACUGGAACUGCAGAGAGGGAGCAACCGGCCCCCGGCAACCCCUGCGGGGCCAGGGGCCAUUGGGUGCUCAGCACCCAGCACCCCGGAGCAGCGCGUGGAGCGGGACCAAGCACCCUUGAGCCCCCACGCCAGGAGGGUUCAGGAUCCCUGCAGCAUCCCACCGCCUCCCGAAAAUCCCCAUCC